GCGCGCGGCCAGGGGCGGGGCUCCGGGCCAGGCCCCGCCCCUCCCGCCGUGACCCCGUGACCCCGCGGCGGAAGAUGGCGGCGGCGCGCGCUCUGUCCCGCCCGAUCGUCCGCUCAGGCAUGGCGCCGCUCUGCCGGGGGCUGUGGGUGUGGGGCCGAGCCCCCCAGCAGCCCCCCGCUCCUGUCCCCACAGGCAUGGCGCCGCUCUGCCGGGGGCUGUGGGUAUGGGGCUGAGCCCCCCAGCAGCCCCCUGCUCCUGUCCCCACAGGCAUGGCGCCGCUCUGCCGGGGGCUGUGGGUGUGGGGCCGAGCCCCCCAGCAGCCCCCCGGGCUCCCGCUGGCCCCGCGCCGCGCCUUCAGCAACAACAAGAUCCUGGUGGAGCUGGACGAGAGCUCAGGCGUCGCCACGAUGAAGUUCAAGAGCCCCCCCGUGAACAGCCUGAGCCUGGAGUUCCUCACCGAGUUCUGCAUCGGGCUGGAGAAGCUGGAGAGCGACCGGGGCUGCCGGGGACUGGUCCUCACCUCGGCUAUCCCCAGGAUCUUCUCCUCCGGGCUGGACAUCACAGAGAUGUGUGGGAAGAGCCCAGAGCACUAUGCUGAGUUCUGGAGGGCUGUGCAGGAGAUGUGGCUCCGGCUCUAUGGCUCCAACCUGGUGACCUUGGCUGUGCUGAACGGCUCCAGCCCAGCAGGAGGCUGCCUCAUUGCCAGCUCUUGUGACUACAGGAUCAUGGUGGACAACCCCAAAUUCAGCAUCGGCCUCAACGAAGCCCAGCUGGGCAUUGUGGCUCCUUUCUGGUUUAAGGAUACAUUUGUGAACGCUGUGGGCCACCGAGUGGCUGAACGUGCCCUGCAGCUGGGUUACCUGUUCCCUGCCCCCGAGGCACAGAGGUUUGGGCUUGUGGAUGAGCUGGUGCCCGAGGAGAAGCUCCAGGAGAAGGCUGCGGCUGUCAUGGCACAGUGGCUGGCCCUGCCCGACCAUGCCCGUCAGCUCACCAAGGCCAUGAUGAGGAAGGCGCUGCUGGACCGGCUGCUCGCACACCGCGAGGAGGACGUGCAGAACUUCGUCAGCUUCGUGUCCAAGGACUCCAUCCAGAAGUCUCUCCGCAUGUACAUGGAGAUGCUGAGGAAGAAGAAGGGCUGAGCAGCCAACCACCCCCAGGAAACGGCGCGGACUCUGCCGGUGAGGCUGCCUGUGGUGUGCUGCCAGCUCCUCCCACGGCCCGCCCGGCCCCGCGGUCCCACGUUGUGCCUGAUGCCGCCGCUGCCUUUUGCCACGAGGGGGAGAGCGGCUGCCGCUGCCUCUGCUGCCCCGGGAGCGCCGGGACCGGCCCCGGCACCGCUCCUCGGGUGUCCUCCCUCCUGCCCCACACCUAAGUCACAGGAGGCCUGUCAAUAAAGGCUUCGAUAAGGUA